AUGGACUCGCCGAACUUCAAGCCGACGCUAUUCGAGCGCUUGGGUGUAAGAGCAUUCCACCUUAUCAACUCUUACAUCCCAUGGCAUCGCCUACCUGGUCUCAUCGGAGCUUUCAACCUCGACUUCAUGAGAGUUGAGCUGCGCAAUUACAAUCUCCACGAUGGGUACGCCAACACAGAGGCGCAAGGUAAACUUGGAGAGCUUCCGGCGACAGAGCAGCGCUACGUGGGUACCCGAAAUUCAGACGGCAGUGACAACUCUCUUGAGAUGCGAAAGAUGGGCUGUACUGGCAUGCGCUUUGGUCGCAACUUUGCUCGUAAGCAUUGCCACAAGCCGACAGAAGAGGAAUUGUGGAAUCCAAGCCCACGGCUGGUCAGUCAGACCUUCAUGGCAAGGAAACCCGAAGACUUCAAGCCUGCCACUACACUGAAUCUCUUAGCGGCGGCAUGGAUCCAGUUCCAGGUCCAUGACUGGUUCAAUCACGAGGAUAGCGACCAAACAUACAACAUCCCUCUCCAGAAGGGCGACGACUGGCCAGCAGAGCACAAGCCUAUGAGACUCUUCAAGACGAAGCCAGAUGAAGUGCAGGAUGCGUCAGACGAGCGAUGCCCCGGCUACCGGAACAUGAACACUGCUUGGUGGGAUGGCUCGCAGAUUUAUGGCUCGAGUGAAAGUGUCACGCAGAGCUUGCGAGGCUGCCGUACUGACGGCAAGCUAGUCCUGGACAGCGUAGGUAAAGAGCCUCACUACCUUCCACGAAACCCAGAUGGUACUCCAAAGACUGGCUUCACGGACAAUUGGUGGUUAGGUGUUGAGAUGCUUCACACUUUGUUCGCGCUGGAACACAAUGCCAUAUGCGACGAGAUCAAACAAGGUCAUCCACGCUGGACAGGCGACCAAAUCUUUGACAAGGCACGUAUCGUCAACUGCGCUCUUAUGGCCAAGAUUCACACAGUGGAAUGGACUCCAGCCAUCCUGGCACAUCCUGCUCUCCAGAUCGGCAUGAGUGCCAACUGGUGGGGGAUUGUUGGGGAGAAGCUGACCAAGGCCGUUGGACGCAUCUCCAAGACUAGUGAAGCAACUAGUGGCAUUCCAGGCUCGGGGGUCGACCACCACUGCAUUCCAUACUCAUUGACAGAAGAGUUCGUUUCGGUGUACCGCAUGCAUUCGUUGAUUCCAGAUAACAUCGCUCUCUUCGGCGCCGAGAGUGGCAGACACAUCGGCACAGUGCCAACUGAAGAUGUCACCUUCACGAAGCCCCUCGACCCUUUCAAAGCCGGCGUGACCUUCGCCGAUGCCUUCUACUCCUUUGGCAUCAACUACCCAGGCGCAAUUACCAAUAGCAACUAUCCAGUCUUCAUGCAGCGGCUUACCACACCGGACGGCCAACUUCGCGACAUGGGUACCGUCGACAUCUUGCGUGACCGCGAGCGCGGCGUUCCACGGUACACCGAGUUCCGCCGUCUGCUUCGCAUGACCGUUCCCAAGACCUUCGAGGAGCUGACUGGAGGCAACAAAGAACUUGCUGCGAAGCUCAGCGAGGUGUAUGGUGGAGACAUUGAUAAGGUCGAUGCCCUCAUUGGAUCGCACAGUGAACCUCUACCAGAAGGAUUCGGCUUCAGCGAUACGGCCUUCAGAAUCUUCAUCCUGAUGGCUAGCAGACGACUCAAGAGUGACCGCUUCAUCGCCGGUUCCUGGAAUGCGGCAAUGUACACCAAGGAGGGUUUCGACUGGGUGCAGAACAGCAGUUUGAGUGAUGUGCUGAGGCGUCAUUUCCCGGAACUGAAAGCGAUGCUGCCAGAAAAGACCAAUGUCUUUGCGCCUUGGGUCAAGCUGCCAGGGUCGCAAGAGUAUGCUGGGAUCGAGACCAAUGCCCCAAAGUCGUGA